GACAGCGUAGUACGUCACAGCCACGGAUCGUAGUUAGCCAGAUACGUUCAAGGAGGCGGGCCGUGCGGUGACAGUUCAGUGCGUUGUUAAAGUUUGACUCUUCAAAUGCCAAUUUUAACAAACUUUUUCUGCCCAAACUGAUGAAUGGGGCCACGGUGUGAUGGAUGUCGGAGUCGUGGUCUUGGGGAAUGGAUAAUGAACAACCCCACCAGGAGUUGGUCAAGUGCGUGGUGGUCGGCGACACGGCGGUCGGCAAGACUCGGCUGAUAUGCGCGCGAGCGUGCAACAAACAGGUGUCGCUGGCACAGCUGCUGGCGACCCAUGUGCCCACCGUGUGGGCCAUAGACCAAUACAGGAUCUACAAGGACGUGCUGGAACGCUCAUGGGAGGUCGUAGACAGUGCCAAUGUCAGCCUGCGACUCUGGGACACGUUCGGCGACCACGAGAAAGACCGAAGGUUCGCAUACGGACGAUCCGAUGUGGUGCUGUUGUGCUUCAGUGUGAACAAUCCGAUAUCGCUGCGCAACUGCCGUCUGAUGUGGUUCCCGGAGAUCCGACGCUUCUGCCCGUCCACGCCAGUGCUGCUGGUCGGGUGCAAAAACGACCUGCGCUACAUGUACCGCGACGAGGCCUACCUGAGCUACUUCCGCGACCGGUCGCCGUUCGUGCGCGCCACCCGCAAGAGCGACCUCGUCAUGCCGGACGAGGCAAGGGACGUCGCGCGCGAGCUCGGACUCUACUACUACGAAACCUCGGUACUUACCUACUACGGAGUUAACGAAGUGUUCGAGAACGCGAUACGGGUGGCGUUGAUUGCGCGCAGGCAGCAGCGCUUCUGGAUGACGAACCUCAAAAGGGUACAGAGACCUCUUCUGCAGUCUCCCUUUAAGCCUCCACCUCCCUUAAAGCCGGAUGUACACGUUACCAGCAGUUCUUAUACGGAUCACAUGAAACAACUUUGGCUGAAUCGUCCACACACCGACAUCGUUCUUAUAGUGGGAUCUCUGGGUUUCCCCGCUCAUCGAUUUGUGCUUGCGGCCAGCAGUCGAGCAUUUUACAGACUGUUGACCGCCGACUUGCUAGCGCGCAGCACCAGCGACUCGAGCAUGGUGAGCUCGCUGGGCGACUUCGCCGACGAGACCGAGUGCCUGGUGCGUGCUGAGCAGAAGACGUGCAAGCGACGCGCAAGCUGCCAGGCAUUGCCCACCGCGCGCGAGCUCGACCAUCCAGCGUUCCAGUGCAUCAGGAGCGUGCAGCCCGAGGGACAGACGGUGGUCACGCUCAGCAAACUGGUGACGCCAGGCGCCAUGCAGCAGUGCCUGCAGUUCGCCUACACUGGCACGGUGGACAGGAGUGCGUUGAAUCUGCAGGAAACUUGCGAAGCUGCCGAAUUCCUGGAACUGCCGCAGCUGCUCAUCCUGCUGACGAAGCAUCCAUUCGUGGCUCCCGAUCCGCCGGACGAGAUCUACGAGACGUUCUUUAAGCGUCGCCUGCAGGACGUCUGCAUGGACGGCGGUCUCUUCGCCGAUGUCAUCUUCGAGUUGGACGACGGCGCGUGCGCUGCGCACAAGGCAAUGCUUACUGCGCGGUGCGACGUCAUGAAGGCCAUGUUCAGCGGCGAUUUCAGGGAGAGUCAAGCCAAAGUGAUCGAAUUUCCGGGAGUUCGCGAGUACACGUUCCACAAGCUGCUCUGCUACCUGUACACGGACGAGGUGCCGCCCGUGUCGGCUCUCCGCUGCGUCAAUUUGCUCGAACUCGCCAACCGGCUGUGUAUCCCCCGGCUGGUCAACCUGGUCGAACGCAGGGUCAUCGAAGAUCUCGAACGAUUGCAGCCCGCUGAGGCCAUAGAACAAUGUCUAAGACUGCUAGAACCCGUUAAGUUGCACAAUGGACACCAGCUUGCCGAUUGGUGCAUGAACCACCUAUGUGUUAACUACAACAAAUUGUGCAAAAUGUCACCACGUAGUCUACGUUUAUUGCAUCCUGACAACCAGGCUUAUCUCGUGGAGCAUCGAUGGCCUCCUGUAUGGUAUUUAAAAGACUACGAUUAUUAUCAAAAGUGUCUGGCCGAACGGGACAAAGAACUGAAGCCAACAAAUACAGGAGGUUCUGGAUGUCUUUGUUUUUCCAGGAAGUCAGAAUCAGAUCCGGCACUGUCGUCCAGCCAAAAUCUGUGACAACUUGCGUAUAAAGGAGACAGAACAGAACCUGCGUGAACCGCUGCCGAUUACAUUAAGUCAUCGCGCAACUUUCCACUGUCAUAUUUAUCGUACAUUUUUACACUUUAAACAUAACAUAUAAUCAUUAUUAUUGUCAUAUUAUACGUAAGUACGCUACGUCUAUUGUGUAUCGGUAAAAAGUUAUAACCAUUGUAUGUUACUCUGUAAUAGACUUACUAAUAGUUAUGAAACAAACAAAUAUUGACAUAGACACUUUGGGUUUCAUCUGAGCAUUUCCACGAAAACGGG